UGUAAAUUUUUCUUUUUAAAAAAAUUAAUUAUUGGCUUAUGUGGUAUCUAGCCAUUAACUGAAAAUAAUUAAAUGGAAACUGUUGACAGUGGAUUCCCCAGAGUACCCUUUUGAAAAAGAGAGAGGAGAGAGAUGUUACAUUUUAGAACACCACAAGCAGCACAAACCUAUUCACACACACACCCUAUUCAGCUCUAUUGUGUUUGGGUGGAAGUGGAAAUUUAAAAUAUGCCAAACAUAGACAAACAAAAUCAGAGUCAAAUGCCAUGACAAUUUCUAACUUGACUUUCCCACACCCAACAGGCACCAACAGCCUGUUCAACUGAACUUGAUUAGCUACCGCAAAGUGACACAAUGGCAGCAUCAGCAACUGCACAAUCUGCAUUUCAGCUCAGGAUUGUGAUGUUUGGAAAGAAUGAAAAUGAAAAGACAAUACUAAGCAACUUAAUCACAGGUAAAAUAUCUCAGCAAUCUACAGCUGCUCGAGGAGAGCUGUCAAAGCACUUUACAGUGACUAAUGGACAGUGGAAGAGAAUUCCUAUAACAGUUGUGAAAACCUCAGAUGUCCUCAGUCUGUCCGCGGAAGCAGUGAGAGAUGAGAUGAAGAUGUGUGUGAGUCUUUGUCGUCCUGGACCAAAUGUUCUGCUGCUGUUAGUGAAUCCCUCUGAUUUCACUGAGCAGGAAAGACAAAAACUGAUGAUCAUCAUGAGGUUAUUUGGUCAAAAUGCCUUUAAGCACUCAAUAGUCAUCUUGAAACACAGCGAGGAUGGAAAAAAUUCUGCGGUGGAUCAACUCAUCCAAGACUGCAGACAAAGGCAGCAUAGAAUUAACUUUGAUAAAAAAAAUCUUUUAGAACCUGAUCUCCAAGAACUCAUAAAAAAGAUGGAGCAGAUAGUUAGUGACAACUGGAGAGGAUAUCUCAACUACACUGAAGGGGCUUAUCUUAUGAUGACAUCUGAACCUUCCAAACCCCCUCUGAACUUAGUGUUGUGUGGGCGAUUUGGAGAUGGGAAAACUUCAACAGCCAAUGCCCUUCUAGGAGAGAGAAAGUUUAGUCGACUUGCCAACUCAUCAGUGUGUGUUAGAAAUCGGCAAAAGGUGUGUGGACGUUGGGUUUCUGUGGUGGAGCUGCCUUCCUUGUAUGGAAAAACACAGAAGGCAGUGAUAAAGGAAGCACACAGGUGUAUCUCCCUCUGUGAUCCUGAGGGCGUCCAUGCCUUCAUCCUGGUCCUACCUGUGGGUCCCCUCACUGAUGAAGACAAGGGAGAGUUUGAGACCAUCCAGAACACAUUCAGCUCUCAAGUCAAUGACUUCACCGUGAUUCUGUUCACUGUGGAGUCAGAUCCUACAGCUCCAGCUGUUAUUAAUCUUUUAAAAAGGGACAAAAACAUCCAGCAGCUUUGCCAGAGCUGUCGUGGUCAAUAUGUUGUCUUCAACAUGAAGAACAAGCAGCAGGUCUCUGAGGUGUUGCAAAGUGUGGAGAAGAUGAGUGCUGGAGGAUCUAGACACUUCACAAAGGACAUGUUAACUGGGGCUAAGAUGGAUAUUACAAGACUUCAAGCUGAAGUACAGAAUGUGAAACAGAGCAGUGUGAUUAAAGAUGAAGAUGGGAAGCACCAUAUCCCUGAGAUGCUGGACACUGUGGAGAAAAUGAGAGAUAAAGGGUCCAGAUCCUUCACAAAUGACACAUUUGCCAAAGCUCAGAUGAAUGAGGUUGUCGAGCCAAACAACAUUGAUUCAAGACAUAAAGCUGAACUGCAAAAUGUGAAACAGGAGAUUAAUAUCGGGGGUGAUGAUGAAAGUCAGAGCAGAGCGCCUCUCAGGAUGGUGCUGAUUGGGAAGACUGGCUGUGGCAAGAGUGCAACUGGCAACACCAUUUUAGGUAAAGAACAUUUUAGAUCUAAAGUCAGCCUGAAAUCAGUGACCAAGGACUGCCAAAAAGCAGCUGGAGAGAUUAAUGGCAGGCCUGUUGUUGUGGUCGACACUCCUGGCUUGUUUGACACCACUCUGUCCAAUGAUGAAGUUCAACAGGAGCUUGUGAAAUGUGUCAACAUGUUGGCUCCUGGUCCUCAUGCGUUCUUACUGGUUCUACAAAUCGGUCGCUUUACAAAGGAGGAGAAAGACUCUGUAAAACUGAUCAAGAAGUUUUUUGGUAAGGAUUCAAGUGAUUUUAUAGUUAUCGUAUUCACAGGAGGGGACAAUUUGCAGGAUGAAUCAUUUGAGGAUUACAUAAAUGACAGUGAUGAUGUCAAGAAGCUCAUUCAUGACUGUGGAGGCAGAUACCAAGUAUUCAACAAUCAGAUUCAGGAAAACUGUGCACAAGUUAUUGAACUAUUGAGCACAGUUGAGACAAUGGUGAAGAAAAACGGUGGUGAUAACUACACAAAUGAAUUGCUCCAAGAGGCUGAGACAGCCAUACAAAAUGAGGUAAAGAGGAUUUUAAAGGAAAAAGAUGAAGAGAUGCAGAGGCAGAUGAAAGAACUUGAAAGAAAAUAUGAGGAACAAAUGGAAGAAAUGAAAAGAAAAAUGUUACAACAGGAAGCGGAGAUUGAGGAGGAGAGAAAACAGAGAGCCAAACAACUUGAGGAAAAAGAAGAAAACAUCAGAAAGGAGCGUGAGCAAAGAAAAAAAGAAGAGGAAAAGAGAAAAGAACAAGAAAGGGAACGACAAGAGCGUGAUACAAAUAAACAAAAGGAGUGGGAACAAAAAUGUAAAGCUUUGGAGCAAAAAUUAAAAGCUGAAUCACAGAUCAUGGAAAAUACUGCCAGAGCGCUGGAGUCGAGUAAGGAAGAGAUGAGAAAACAACGAGAAGCUUGGGAGGAGGAACAGAAAGCCUGGCGGAACAGACGUUAUCUUGAAGAUGAACAGAGAAAAAAGGAGGAACAAGAAAAAAUCAAAAAACUCCAAGACGAGUAUGAGAGGGCAAUGGAAGAAGACAAAAAUAGAAGAAUAAAAGAGGAUCAGAUCAGAAAAACCAUGGAUGAAAUGCAGCGAAAACAGUUAAAAGCAGAACAUACCAAAGAAAUUGAGAAUAUUAGGAAGAAAUAUGAAUCAGAAGCCAGAGAGAAAGCUGAAGAAUUCAAUGACUUCAAAAAGAAAUACAAAAAUGACUUUGCUGGUAUGAUGAAAAUAGAGAAACAACAAAAACAAAUAGACUUGGUAACUGAACAGUUGAUGAAAAAUGAAAAAUACAAGAAAGAAUUUGAUAAACUGAAGCAAAAGCAAGACCAGGAAAUGAAAGAGCUGCAAGAUCUGAACAAAGCAACUGAUGAUUUGAAGACAAAACAUGAGGAAGAAAUUGAUAGCUGGAGAGAGGAAUGCAUGAAAGUAGCAGCAGAAAAAUGGGACUGUUGCAUUUUAUAAGAUGCAAAACAGCAGAGGUUUCAACUAUGACACAUCAGUUUUUUGUAUCAAAGACUAAAAUCAAUAAAUAGCGUGUUUUUAUGAUGCAUAAAGUGUAACGUACUCAUGGUUUUUAUAUACUUCCAAUUUAAAUUCUAUUUAACCAAUGUUCAAAGUUCAGCUAAUAAGAAAAUACAAUGAGUGAACUAUAACAUACAGUGUACAUUCUUGAGUAAACUCAAAUGUGAUAGUUUCUUUGGCAAUUUUUAUUCAAGAUGAAAAGAAACCAGUAAAGGAUCAAGAGUCACAAGUCAGUUACUCUGUAAAUUUUGACUGUCCACUGUUGACACAUACAACAGUUAAACAAUGACUGAGCAAAGCCCUGCUCACUAACUGAAAUCAGGUGAGCUGAUUUCAGUCCACAUCUUUACUUUGAUUAAUGAACUCUAAAGAAGAAGGUUGCAGUCACAGUUUCACCGAGUGAGUACACUUUACAGAAAGUAAAUGUGACUGUAGAAUAUUUGUAUGUUUGUUUCUAAGUAGAAUGUAGAAACUGGUUACUGAUAAUCCAGUUGUUCAGGCUUUUGUAAGUAUGUUUGUGUUCACAUGUAUAUAACCUCUGAAUAAUUUUGUGCCCAUCACCACUGGCAGUUAUAGUUUAAACUACAUCAUAAUGUCUUUUAUUUGCUUGAGUGGGUUAUGUGUAGAGUUUAGUGUAUUAAUAAAGAAAGGCUAAGGAGGGCCACAACAGCUCAAACUUCUCAAUUAUAAUACAAACAAUUUUUGUAUUAGGGACCUUCAGAAAGUAGAAAAAAACAACUGUAGCAAGUAUAAAUGUAAAACUAUAUACAUAUAUAAGUAAAGCUUUUAUCAUUGAAACAAAUAUAUAAUCACCAUGAACAGUUUAAUCUUGUCAUAAUGUUACUUAUUUAACUUUACUUAAAUUGAUCUACAUUAAUCAAAUACAAAACACAUAAUUCAAAUGAAAAUUCAGCAUCAUAAAUUUCAGUAUUCCUUAUAUAAUUUUAGUUUAUCUGUGUUUUUACUUCUUUUACAUUUUGUUUUAUGAUUUCUGGGGAAGAUAUGUUUGUGAUUAUUAUAUUGCAAAUGAUUAACAAUGUACUUGUCAGCUUUAUUUUUUUUAUUUAUUUUUUUUCAUAUGGCAAGAUUCCUUUUAGACAUUUAAUUGAUUGUUGCCCUUUUUCCAUGCCACAUGGCUAAUGUAAGACAACUGAAAAGAACUUUCUACUGUGAGCAUGGUAGCAUGUGUGCAUUUAAUAAACUUCUUUAAGUUUAAAA